GCAGCAGCUGCAGAGGACGACUCGCAUCACCAUGAAUCAAUGCUUUCAGAGGAGGUCUCUUCCGCCUCGGAGGGCGUGCAGGGCGAGACGCCCAGUGACGCGGAGAAGCCCCAGAAGGAGGAUCGCGACGUGGCCAAAGACCAGCCACCGCUGAAGGACGAGGAGGGCACUGACGCUGAGGAGACGGAGGAGGACAUGGAAGAG